AUGUUUUCAGUUUAUUUGCCUUCAGAAGUAAUUCUCAAAAUCCUCUCUUUACUUCCGGGCAAAACACUACCAAAACUCCGAUUAGUUUCAAAACAAUUCAACUCCAUAAUCUCUGAGCCAUACUUUCUCCGUCUCCACCACCGCUUUGCCUUGAACUCUUUCUAUACCCUAACCGCCAUAGCUCCUUUUCAUCGAUCUCUAAUUGUAGAGCUCAAAUUCCUCCUCUCCACCAAUGAAACCACUCUCAGCACUCUCACAUCUCCCACAGAUUUUCAAGAACCCCUCACUAAACAAUUCCUCGGAAAUAGAAUACUCCCUCUUACCAUCACACCAAGAAGCUACAAGCACCAUCUCGAGAUCUUUCCAUGGACAUCACAAGAGCAAGAAUGUCCUUACCUUCUACAGCCAUACCCUCCAGUUCACGCCGAUGGAUUCCUUUACUGGACAACAAAAGACGUUCCAACAAAGAUCGUGUCUUUCUCUCUAGAACAAGAGAAGUUCUCUGUCCUACCUCCACCACCAUGUUUUCAAGACAGUCCCAACCACGACUUUAGCUUAUGCGGAAUGAGAGGGAACCUCUGGGUCGUAGACUAUAAUUCCCUUGAACCAAACAUUGAGAUUUGGAUGAUGAGUGCUGCAUGGACCAAAACGCAUCGUAUUGUGCUCAAAGAAACGCUGACCCGUUAUUACCACUCGUUUCCAAUCAAGAUUCACGAUAUACAAUCUGAUUGUGUGCUCUUCCAAGUUCUACUUCCGAGUCGGAUGAAGAUUUACCACACGAGCAACAGUAAAGUGGAGGAUUUGUGGGAAUUAGGCGUAGAGUUACAGCUUUGUCAUUACACUGAUGGUCUUUUGUCUCUCUGA